UUUCUUUUUCGGGGUCUGGGCUCUUUAAACGCCCUCUGACACGCCUCUUGGCGACACACUCCCUAGCCGGCCGCACCGUGCCCUGUCACCAUGGCACCACGAUUCGGAUUAACCCCCGCACAUGUGCCGAGUCAACUGUGGGGGUCUGCCUCUUUUGUGAGGCAGCAUGGGAGGGAGGAAGAGGUGGAGGAGGAGGAGAUGGAGAGCUGUGUGAAAGGACACUCGCCAGUCAUUCACUUUUGUUAAGUAAAGCAGCAGGAGCGCGCAUGAAUGAAGCCAUGUGGUAUUUCUAAAAACAGACGACAAGACAGUCAAGAUGACGACCAUCGAGAGUAAAGAGGAGAUCAGUGACACUGACAGUGGGAUUAUUUUGCACUCUGGUCCGGACAGCCCCACCUCCCCAGUAAAGGACCUAACCACCCACACCAGAGCCCUGAAGUUGAAGCACCAGUCUCUGGAGGAGCGUCUGGAGCUCUGCCUGCUGGAGCUUCGAAAGCUCUGCAUCAGGGAGGCAGAGCUGACUGGUAAACUGCCCUCAGACUAUCCUCUGAUGCCUGAUGAGAAGCCACCACGGGUCAGAAGGAGGAUUGGAGCUUGCUUCAAGCUGGACGAAGGUCUGAUCCACCUGGAUAAACAGGAUUCAGAGUUGCAAGCGCUGGAAACUGACUUGGCUCUUCAGCGGCAGAUUUACGAGGCAGCCCGCAAACUCUCCCUGGAGGGUCACCUAAGUAAACCACAGAAGAAGAGCCGGCUGCAGCAGUGCAAGAGGGAGGAGAAGAAAGUGAAGGAUCUUCAGGAGGCCGUGUUCCAGCACAGGAUCAAGAGCGAGUGCAACUCACCGUGCAUCAACAUGUCAUCCAACCAAAGCAAAGAUCUAAACAUGUCUGAUGACAGCUCCCUGUCUGAUGUGGUGGCCCUGGAUGAUGAUGUGGACUCUCCAAGCCCUCUCUCUCCUCCGGUGUUGGGCACCUCCUACUCAGACCCCCUCCAGCUGUCAGUCCAGACCCUGCAGUCAUCAAGCCAGCUCAGCGUGGAAUAUGAGCGCUCUCCCAUCCAGAACUCUCCAUGGAAAGAGUCCAGUCUGGAUCAGCCUUAUCAGAAGCCCGCUAAACCUCAGUCUGCUUGCAGCAGCAGGUCCAGUAGUCCAGCAGGAACCCAGGCGUCUGUGGAGAGCUGCAGGAUUCCCCUCUCUCAGUUUAUCAAGAACUCGGCUCUGCGUCACAACCACUCCACCAGCGCCCCCUCCACACCAGAGCUGCACAUACGCCGACAGUACUCCCAGUCCUUCAGACUUCCCAAAAGUAAACCAUCUGCUGACAAAGAGCGCCUGAGCUCAGAGAACAAUCGAGGACGAGCCAGGCUGCCUCAGCGGCGCUGUGCAGCCGACUUCAUGGUGCGUUCUCCAGAGUACUCUCCUCUGCGCCCUUACCAGUCCAGCUCUGAGGACAGCAGUUCAGAGCACUCUUCAUCUUCCUAUGUUAGCUCGCCUGGUAGGGACGUACCCACUGAGAUCCCAAAGCUCUGCCCGCCUCCUUACGGAUUCCACUUUAGCGCACAAAAGAAAGGGCUCUCCAGCGUCUCCAACUCGCACAAGAACAACAACCAGUCUCAGUCUAGCCUCAGCUACGUCAGGGCCAUAGCAGAAGAUGGCCCCCUCUCGCCUCAAGACCCAGACAUGGUUAAGUGCUUCGUGUCUUCCCCUCCUGUGGGAUGCAGCCCUCAACAAAGACAGUGGCAGGAGGGAGCGUUGUCCCAGAGGAGAGUCCUGAAGCCCCCUCCGCCUUACACCAGGCUGGUUCGAACGCCCUCGCUGAAGGAGUACCCGAACCACGCCAUCAGGCUGAUGCCCAGGGAGAUCGUCUCAGAGGAGUUGAAGUCCUGGCAUCAGAGGAAUCAGCUGCAGAAGUUACGGCCAAGUUGUGUGGAUCAGCAGAGCGUGAUGAGUGUCAAGAGUCCUACUUCACCGCAUCUGCCUCCAUUUAAUCAGGGUUCGGGUAACGUUGUUCUCCAGAGAGCUGCAGAUGGGACUCCAGUCCAGUGGUUCAUUGCAGAGGACGCUGAAAUCGUGAGCCAGGUGUAGCUGAGACCUCCACUGCUCUGCAGUGUGUUCAGUAGGAAGUGUGUUACUCCUUUCUAUUUAUCUUUGUAUUUAUUAAGGCUUUGGACUCUCUGUGAGAUUGUAUGUUGACAAGAUGCAGAAAAAAACGUGGACCUAUGGGUACCCCAAUAAGCACAUUUCUCUCUCUCUUUUCUUUUAAUUUAAAACUUAACGUAAGGUGUUACGCCAGUUUUAUUUAUUUUAAAUUCUUUUCUAAUAGAUGUUUCUGAGGUAGGUUAAGCUUCAUAAAAUUCCAUAAAUGAGUCACAUGGAUCAUAAAAUUUAAAACAAACUUGCUGUGGUUUCAAGAAUGUCUUUGUGGCUGGCACACAUUUUGCACAUAAAAUUCACCUACAGUAGUUUUCAAAUAAGUUUACCCAUUCCUAAUAUAAGUUUUAAUAUUAUACUAUAUUUAUCUGUUAUUGAAGGUUUCCCCCUUUAUUACAAAAAAAAUUGAUACACCUUUGAAAAUGCAUUUCUCUUUUAAUAUAUAUAGUUAAAAUUUAACAUCUGUCUGUGAAGUAAGCUGAAUCUUAAUAUUUGCUAUUAACUUUUAAUAAUUAAUCACUGAUGCCCUUGAUGGUGGUUUAAUGAAUGUU